AUGCAGUUAGAAUUCCGAACGGUGAUGUUUGGAAUUGUAACACUGCUGGUCAUAUUUCUGAUCAUUGCUGAUAUUGCUGAAAUCGAGGAAGAAAUUGCGUAAGUAUAGCGGUGCUUUCUGAUUCGUUUUGUUCAUGAAUUCUGUUGCACAAUACACGUGUUAUCUAGAUCUGAAAAUGCAUUAUUCAAAGGAAUUUAAUCUUAUGUUCAUGUUCAAAUUAUGUUAGAUUCUGCGUUAUCUUCACUCAUUCAGUAGAACUUUAGAAGACAUUGAGUGCUCCUCUAACAUUAACAUUUCUCCAGUAGGCUGCAGGCAGUUGGGAUACAUUUGCAGAGUUUCAUUCCAAACACGCUAUACAUUUUCUGAAACGUUGGUAAAUUAGCUUUUAUUGUUUAAAGAUAUUAUGAAAGAGAUUAAUGUGUGUUUUUUCACUGUCUAAUCAUGGUAUGGGGUUGUUCAAUGACAGACAUGUAUUUGUUUAAAAUCUAUUGCUUGAUGGUUUCAUUUCAGAUUAUCAUGUUUUUUUUUGCAAAAUGCUAUAUAUCAGCCUAACUCUCAAAUAAAUAAGUAGUACUGCUAGGUUUUACACAGUCAAAUGUAACAAAUAACUACAUUUAAACAAAUAAAUGUACCAAAUGAUAGGCUACAUUUGUGACAUCAAUACUUUUAUUAUUUUUUAUAAUAAUACAGUAAUAUGAGAUCUGUAUGUAAAACAUUUACAUUUGAAAUUUUUGUCAUUUAGCAGAUGCUCUUAUCCAGAACGCCUUACAGUAAGUGGAUUCAUCUUAAAAUAGCUAGGUGAGACAACCACAUAAAGUAUCACAGUCAAAUAUUCAGGAUACAAACAUUCAAUUUCAGCUAAACAAUGGAUAUAUAGCGUUUUGCAACAACAAAAAAUACAAUUAUACACAUUUAAAAUCUAUGAAUAAAACAUCUGAGAACAGUAAUAUUUUACACACACGAGCAAUCAUUUCUGUUAAAAAAACACAAAUGUGAAGAAUUGGGGGAUAUAGCGUUUUGGAAAUAAACUCUUAAUUUGUGUCUAUUUCAAUGUUACAAACCCCUGUGCAUGUAUUGAUACGUUCUACUCCUAUUUCUUUACUGUACAUCUAGUCUUGCAUUUUUAAUCGAACCUUUCACUUUAGCUUUCCCUUUGUUUGUGAUAUCUCAGUAUAAUAGCCUAAUGCAAUUGACGACAUAUGUUCAACAGACGCUCUAUACCUGGAUCUACAAAGACCAAUUUGUCUGCAGUGUAGCCUCCAUGCAUUAUAUAGUAGAUCCUAGGUGUGUGUGUGUGUGUGUGUGUGUGUGUGUGUGUGUGUGUGUGUGUGUGUGUGUGUGUGUGCGUGCGUGCGUGCGUGUGUAAUCUUGGCACUUUACUUAUGGGGUGCAUGGAUGGAAUAAUUCCUACAAAACUAGGGUAGUCCUAACACACGGGAUCAAAAAAUAUGUAUGAAAAAUGUAUGCACUCACUAACUGUAAGUCGCUCUGGAUAAGAGUGUCUGCUAAAUGACUAAAAUGUAAAAUGUAAUCAAAAGUAGGCUACCUAGAAUGGAGAGAAUGGACUGGUAAUCAGAUAGUUUCAAGUGUAACUCUACACUGUUAACUCUCUUCAGAGAAGAAUACUGUACUGUCACGAUCGUUUACGAACGAGAAGGACCAAGGCGCAGCGUGAUAUGCCAACAUGUUUAUUUAACGAAUAAACACACAACCAAAACAACAAACGAAACGUGAAGUCCAAGGUAGCACACAAACAACAUACCUUACACGGAACAAGAUCCCACAACCCACUAGUGCCAACAGGCUACCUAAGUAUUGUCCCCAAUCAGAGACAACGAGCUACAGCUGCCUCUGAUUGGGAACCACCCUGGCCAACAUAGAUCUAAACGAUCUAGAAACUAAACAUAGAAAACACAACAUAGAAACUACACACCCUGGCUCAACAUUUAAGAGUCCCCAGAGCCAGGGCGUGACAUGUACUGUCUAACAGCUGUGUCAACUGGAUUUUGCUCUAAUUCUAUUGCAUUUUCAUAAUAAAAACAGUGUGUAUAGUCACUAUUUUAGAAGAGGUACUAACACAAUAGACCAGGCCAUUGUAUCAAAAGGAACCAGUCCAAUAAUUGGAAGCCCAUUUUGCUUUCCACAUCAAACCUUGAAUCAAUUGCAUCAUCAGGCUGAGUUGAGGCACCACAGGGCUUCUUGACAAAUGGCAUGCGCUUGGUGGUUUUGUUCAACACUUCAGUGUAUCCUGUUUGCACUCCAGCUCCAGUCAUGUUAUGGUAUAGAGGGCUGUUUGGUGGGUGGAUGUGUGGAUAGGAGAUUACUGUUUGAUUUGUUACUGAGAGAGCAACAGACUGGAGACUAAAUAAACAGUUUGCCUUUCUCCAGACAUAACUGAGCCCUGCAUCAGAAAUCCUCUAUCUUACACAAAUACAACUCUUGAAGCUUGGAAGAUACAGUUCUGCCUUCUGAUUGCACAAGACUCGAGCUUCUUGUGGCUGUAAAUGUUAAGUAGCUGGUACAGUUGGUACUGUAGCACUUUAUUUUACGGUAGAGAGAUGACCAGGUAUUUAUUACAAAUUGAUGGUGGUAAUUACACAAUAAUAAUCAUGUGUAUAAGGUAAUUACAUAGUAAUAACCUAUGAAUGAGUUUGUUUCAUGAAGGAGCUUGCCUAUAUUGGUACAUCUCUCCACUCCAAGAACAAUAGAAUAGUUGUGUUGCUCCCCAGAUAGCACAGCUAGGCCUGUCACCUUCAUUUGAGCAGACUGAAUGCUCCUGGCUCCUUGUCCGCUGCCUGGCAUAUUAGUGAUUCUCCUUGCCUCUGUAAUAACUAACACAAGAUGCAAUUGUACAUACUUAAUUGAGACACACUCCAUUUGCAACCUCCUUUUGGACAUAAUUGAGCCGUAGUAUUAUGGUACUGUGUGCUUGCUCUAAUUUAAUUGCUGGUGCUUUAUAGUUUUACACACCCCGUGAGAGUUGGGACUUUGAAGCAGAUAUGUUAGCCAACUUAAUAGAAUUUUCUUUAAUAAAUUUAUGUUGCGGUCAUAAAAGGCAAUAAUUAUGUAGUUUAUCUUGAGCAGUAGUCCAUGCUACUCAUAGUGUACCGAUGAUAUACAAUUCAGGUUGAUCUAUACAAUAUUUAUAGAGGAUGUUUAAGCAAUGUUGACCAACUACACCUCUUUAUCCAAACUCACAAGCACCGGUAACAGUCAGAUUGGUAGAUCAGUUGGCAUGUCCUGUUUUUCCCCUCAGGUAUAUUCAUAAGACACCUGAGACAUUGAGGUACCCAGCUCUACCAGGGAUCAUAUGACACGUUUUGCUCACAUGCUUCUUUAACGACAUGAAUGGCCUUCAGCACACAUGUUUCAGUGUUACACCAACGUAAUAGCUGUUCUGUUUCACGGUCUGACUGCGUUUUGAUGCAUGCUCUUCUCCUUCACGUUCACGUCAAUGUGAUGAGCCUACUGCUCAUCUGGAUACACAUUAAGAGCAUAGUCAUGGAUACCAUAUUCUGACAGCCUGAGUUAUAUGUGAUGCCUGGAAUUUGAUUAAACCACCUCUUGCCCCUCACACUUCAUGUUCUGCACGAUUCCAUUCAUCUGACAAUAAUAUUAUGAAUUAUUCUGAUGGUGGCUAUAAUAACUUUUUUCUUGGUCUAGGAAUAUUGGAGGUUCCAGAACAUUGUACUUGCACAGCCUCAUCCCCAAGCCCAACAGGUUUGUCAGGCUGAUCUGCUCCUUCUUCCAUUGCCUUCUGGUUUUAUAAUACUCAUCAAUUCUGUUAUUCUAGCCUUUUAUUUGCUUCCCCUUCUGAGCUCAUAUGCUUGCAGACAUGUAAAAUAAUUAACAGACUUAAUACACAUGAACAUAUCAGCAGUUUCAUUACCCUCUGUUUGGGUUUUGCCCUAAAGCAAGAGAAAGAAACCUAAUAAAAAACAUGAAUUUGCUUGUUUCCAUAGAAACAUGUAAGACCUAUGGGAUUUGGGAAAGCUGCAUGGAUUACAGAAUUGUGUGUAUCUAAUUAAAAUAAUUGAUAAAUCACACAAUUGAUGUACAAGUGAUAGAAACAUAGAACUUCCCUGGGGUUUGAAAAUAAGUAUCUAAUUAACAAAAGCAUGAAAUUGACUAUAUGGCUUUCAUUACACAUUGGAUGGCUUUACACACAGUACAUGGUUGUUCGUUCACACUGCUUUUUCAAGUGAUGAUAGGAGUUCUCAUAUCACAUGUAUCAAAGUCAUGUUGCCUUUAAUUUCUAAUGGAUGCCUUGCUGUCCUGUUGUAGAAAUGUAGCAGUGAAAGCCAAUCCUACACCUUUAAUCAGUGAAGGGGAGGACAAGAGCCCUGCUUCUCCUUCAGGUUUGAAUAAUACCACCAGGCUCUCUUCAGAUAACUGGACCUUCAACAGAACCCUCUCCAGCCUCAUCAGGUAGGCCUACAAUCCUCUUCUGUAUUGGUCUCCAUUAGGUCUCACACUCCCAUAAACUGGGUAUUCCUUCAUGGAUGACUUUCUUCCUUCUAUAGGAAGAACAUCCUGAGGUUCUUUGACCCAGAGAGGGACAUCUCUAUUCUGAAAGGCACAUUGAAACCUGGAGAUGUCAUCCACUACAUCUUUGACCGUCAGAGCACUACCAACAUCUCAGAGAACCUGUACCGGUUGCUACCCACUGCGUCCCCCAUGAAGAACCAGCACCACAGACGCUGUGCCAUCGUAGGGAACUCUGGGAUCCUACUCAACAGCAGCUGUGGGCCAGAGAUAGACUCCCAUGACUUUGUUAUCAGGUGAGGUUCCCAUAACAGCUAUUCCAUAAAUUGAAUUGAUACAGGUGAUUUUCAGUAGUGCGUUAAGGCAUCUCCAUUUAAUCAAGCAAUCUUCUUGUAUAAAUGGGAAAUAUUAGUUAAUUUAUCGCUGCAUUUGCAGGGAAAUAUUCAGGAUAGCAAUGAGGCACUCUCUAUAAAGCACUAUUCAUCUUUAUACUCAUCUAACAUUUAUGUAAGUACAGUCCCUUGGAUUGAACACUGUGCUAGAACACACAUUGUCCACACCUUUGAAAUACCUGCUACUUUUUUUACCUUCAAGUUUGUUUGAUGAUUUGCAGGCUUUUAGAAAUGAGCAGCAAUACUUACAGCAAUUAAAUAUCUGCUGGGUAAAUGUGACAUUUUAAAAAGCUACUGCUAUCUACCCAAAAUGUAAUGAGGUGCUUUAGAGAAGCACUGCCAUUAAUUCCUAGGACUGCUACACUCAUUUACCAGGGGAGAAUGUCUGUCUGAAACCAUCCGUCAAUGCUGCUCUGUGCUAGUGUGUCAGCAAACAACUUUCUGUGAGUGGGUUAUUUAUUGCUACUCACCGGUUUGUCUGUCAGUAACAACAAAGUACAGAUAUGCAUUGCAAUGUUACAGGGGGAAGAAAUCCAGUUUGCCUUACUGUGUCCCCAGUACAGCAAGGCAUUGUGAUUAUGAUGAAGAGAAAGGUAUCUGAACUAACUAAUGGGAAUUGGGAAAUAUGUGAAACCAUAUCAAUAGUACAUGGAUUGUUUGGAUGGGGAAUCAUAGCAUAUCUCUGUACAAUAAUUGGGACUAAUCACAUUGGGAUGGGAUUUUUCCCCAUCCUCCUUGUGUAACUUCAGCUGCUGCCGCUGCUGUUAUUACAGGGCCUUUGUGUCAUUGAUCUACCAUCCUCUGGAUAUGCAGAACCAUCAGUAGAGAUGUGUCGGUAAAAUCACUGGAGAAGCCAAGUCAGAAAAAAAGCCAUAUUACAACCUAUGUGACGUGAUAAUUGCGUUGUUUGCUCUAUAACCUGUUAGUUCAUAUGCCUUGCCACCAUGAUAUAUACAGUUGAAGUUGGAAGUUUACAUACACUUAGGUUGGAGUCGUUAAAACUCAUUUUUCAACCACUCCACACAUUUUUUGUUAGCAAACUAUAGUUUUGGCAAGUCGGUUAGGACAUCUACUUUGUGCAUGACACAAGUAAUUUUUCCAACAAUUGUUUACAGACAGAUUAUUUCACCUAUAAUUCACUGUAUCACAAUUCCAGUGGGUCAGAAGUUUACAUACACUAAGUUGACUGUGCCUUUAAACAUUUACAUAUUUUUUACAUUUUUAGUCAUUUAGCAGAUGCUCUUAUCCAGAGCGACUUACAGUUAGUGAGUGCAUACAUUAUUUUUAUUUUUCAUACUGGCCCCCCGUGGGAAUCGAACCCACAACCCUGGCGUUGCAAACGCCAUGCUCUACCAACUGAGCUACAUCCCAGCCAGCCAUUCCCUCCCCUACCCUGGACGACGCUGGACCAAUUGUGCGCCGCCCCAUGGGUCUCCUGGUCGCGGCCGGCUACGACAGCUUGGACAAUUCCAGAAAAUGAUGUCAUGGCUUUAGAAGCUUCUGAUAGGCUAAUUGACAUCAUUUGAGGCAAUUGGAGGUGUACCUUUUGGAUGUGUUUCAAGGCCUACCUUCAAACUCAGUGCCUCUUUGCUUGACAUCAUGGGAAAAUCAAAAGAAAUCAGCCAAGACCUCAGAAAAAGAAUUGUAGACCUCCACAAGUCUGUUUCAUCCUUGGGAGCAAUUUCCAAACGCCUGAAGGUACCACAUUCAUCUGUACAAACAAUAGUACGCAAAUAUAAACACCAUGGGACCACGCAGCCAUCAUACCGCUCAGGAAGGAGACGCGUUCUGUCUCCUAGAGAUUAACGUACUUUGGUGCGAAAAGUGCAAAUAAUUCCCAGAACAACAGCAAAGGACCUUGUGAAGAUGCUGGAGGAAACAGGUACAAAGGUAUCUAUAUCCACAGUAAAACAAGUCCUAUAUCGACAUAACCUGAAAGGCCGCUGAGCAAGGAAGAAGCCACUGCUCCAAAACCGCCAUAAAAAAGCCAGACUACGGUUUGCAACUGCACAUGGGGACAAAGAUUGUACUUUUUGGAGAAAUGUCCUCUGGUCUGAUGAAACAAAAAUAGAACUGUCCAUAAUGGCCAUCGUUAUGUUUGGAGGAAAAGGGGGGAGGGGGGCUUGCAAGCUGAAGAACACCAUCCCAACCAUGAAGCACGGGGGUGGCAUCAUCAUGCUGUGGGGGUGCUUUGCUGCAGGAGGGACUGGUGCACUUCACAAAAUAGAUGGCAUCAUGAGGAAGGAAAAUUAUGUGGAUAUACAGUGGGGGAAAAAAGUAUUUAGUCAGCCACCAAUUGUGCAAGUUCUCCCACUUAAAAAGAUGAGAGAGGCCUGUAAUUUUCAUCAUAGGUACACGUCAACUAUGACAGACAAAAUGAGGAAAAAAAUCCAGAAAAUCACAUUGUAGGAUUUUUAAUGAAUUUAUUUGCAAAUUAUGGUGGAAAAUAAGUAUUUGGUCACCUACAAACAAGCAAGAUUUCUGGCUCUCACAGACCUGUAACUUCUUCUUUAAGAGGCUCCUCUGUCCUCCACUCGUUACCUGUAUUAAUGGCACCUGUUUGAACUUGUUAUCAGUAUAAAAGACACCUGUCCACAACCUCAAACAGUCACACUCCAAACUCCACUAUGGCCAAGACCAAAGAGCUGUCAAAGGACACCAGAAACAAAAUUGUAGACCUGCACCAGGCUGGGAAGACUGAAUCUGCAAUAGGUAAGCAGCUUGGUUUGAAGAAAUCAACUGUGGGAGCAAUUAUUAGGAAAUGGAAGACAUACAAGACCACUGAUAAUCUCCCUCGAUCUGGGGCUCCACGCAAGAUCUCACCCCGUGGGGUCAAAAUGAUCACAAGAACGGUGAGCAAAAAUCCCAGAACCACACGGGGGGACCUAGUGAAUGACCUGCAGAGAGCUGGGACCAAAGUAACAAAGCCUACCAUCAGUAACACACUACGCCGCCAGGGACUCAAAUCCUGCAGUGCCAGACGUGUCCCCCUGCUUAAGCCAGUACAUGUCCAGGCCCGUCUGAAGUUUGCUAGAGUGCAUUUGGAUGAUCCAGAAGAGGAUUGGGAGAAUGUCAUAUGGUCAGAUGAAACCAAAAUAGAACUUUUUGGUAAAAACUCAACUCGUCGUGUUUGGAGGACAAAGAAUGCUGAGUUGCAUCCAAAGAACACCAUACCUACUGUGAAGCAUGGGGGUGGAAACAUCAUGCUUUGGGGCUGUUUUUCUGCAAAGGGACCAGGACGACUGAUCCGUGUAAAGGAAAGAAUGAAUGGGGCCAUGUAUCGUGAGAUUUUGAGUGAAAACCUCCUUCCAUCAGCAAGGGCAUUGAAGAUGAAACGUGGCUGGGUCUUUCAGCAUGACAAUGAUCCCAAACACACCGCCCGGGCAACGAAGGAGUGGCUUCGUAAGAAGCAUUUCAAGGUUCUGGAGUGGCCUAGCCAGUCUCCAGAUCUCAACCCCAUAGAAAAUCUUUGGAGGGAGUUGAAAGUCUGUGUUGCCCAGCGACAGCCCCAAAACAUCACUGCUCUAGAGGAGAUCUGCAUGGAGGAAUGGGCCAAAAUACCAGCAACAGUGUGUGAAAACCUUGUGAAGACUUACAGAAAACGUUUGACCUGUGUCAUUGCCAACAAAGGGUAUAUAACAAAGUAUUGAGAAACUUUUGUUAUUGACCAAAUACUUAUUUUCCACCAUAAUAUGCAAAUAAAUUCAUUAAAAAUCCUACAAUGUGAUUUUCUGGAUUUUUUUUCUCAUUUUGUCUGUCAUAGUUGACGUGUACCUAUGAUGCAAAUUACAGGCCUCUCUCAUCUUUUUAAGUGGGAGAACCUGCACAAUUGGUGGCUGAUUAAAUACUUUUUUUCCCCACUGUAUUGAAGCAACAUCUCAAGGCAUCAGUCAGGAAGUUAAAGCUUGGUCGCAAAUGGGUCUUCCAAAUGGACAAUGACCCCAAGCAUACUCCAAAGUUGUGGCAAAAUGGCUUAAGGACAACAAAGUCAAGGUAUUGGAGUGGCCAUCACAAAGCCCUGACCUCAAUCCUAUAGAACAUUUGUGGGCAGAAAUAAAAAAGCAUGUGCGAGCAAGGAGGCCUACAAACCUGACUCAGUCACAUCAGCUCUGUCAGGGGGAAUGGGCCAAAAUUCACCCAACUUAUUGUGAGGAGCUUGUGGAAGGCUACCCGAAACAUUUGACCGAAGUUAAACAAUUUAAAGGCAAUGCUACCAAAUAUUAAUUGAGUGUAUUUACAUUUCUGACCCACUGGGAAUGUGAUGAAUGAAAUAAAAGCUGAAAUAGAUCAUUCUCUCUACUACUAUUCUGACAUUUCACAUUCUUAAAAUAAAGUGGUGAUCCUAACAGACCUAAGACAGGGAAUUUUUUACUAGGAUUAAAUGUCAGGAAUUGUGAAAAACUGAGUUUAAAUGUAUUUGGCUAAGGUGGAUGUAAACUUCCGACUUCAACUGUAGGCCUAAGGCCGAGACAAUAAGAAUAAUAAAUUAAACCACACCUUUGUUUCAUCACAAAACCGAAGAGCAACCUCUGUCCGGUGAAGUCCACAAAGCAUAUUGCAUGUAGCAAACAGUUACAUGACCUACAGCAUGGUCAACAAGUUAAUGUUUCCAACAUUUUUGGACCACUAAUAACUAUUGAUUUAGAACCACGGAGAGUUACCGCAAGUCGCAAAGAAAACAGGAGCUGCCUCCACUAUUCCAGCACCAUUUCAACUUAAUAAUUUCAACAUCAUCAAAUCACUUAUGCUUAGUCUAAUACAGUAACAACAUGUUGACUCGCCCUACUUGUAGAGAAACGCCAAUGCCAUCCUCCUCUCACCUGGAAUGCUUUUCCAACAGUCUUGAAGGAGUUCCCACAUAUGCUGAGGACUUGUUGGCUGCUUUUCCUUCACUCUGCCAUCUGACUCAUCCCAAACCAUCUCAAUUGGGUUGAGGUCAGGGGAUUGUGGAGGCCAGGUCAUCUGAUGCAACACUCCAUCACUCUCCUUCUUGGUAAAAUAGCCCUUACACAGCCUGGAGAUGUGUUGGGUCAUUGUCCUGUUGAAAAACAAACGAUAGUCCCACUAAGCCCAAACCAGAUGGGAUGGCAUAUCGCUGCAGAAUACUGUGGUAGCCAUGCUGGUUAAGUGUGCCUUGAAUUCUAAAUAAAUCACAGCAGCAAAGCACCCCCACACCGUAACACCUCCUCCUCCAUGCUUUACGGUGGGAACUACACAUGCGGAGAUCAUCCGUUCACCCACACCGCGUCUCACAAAGACACGGCGGUUGAUACCAAAAAUCUCCAAUUUGGACUCCAGACCAAAGGACACAUUUCCACCGGUCUAAUGUCCAUUGCUCGUGUUUCUUGGCCGAAGCAGGUCCCUUCUUAUUAUUGGUGUCCUUUAGUAGUGGUUUCUUUGCAGCAAUUCGACCAUGAAGGCCUGAGUCACACAGUCUCCUCUGAACAGUUGAUGUUGAGAUGUGUCUGUGACUUGAACUCUGUGAAGCAUUUAUUUGGGCUACAAUUUCUGAGGCUGGUAACUCUAAUGAACUUAUCCUCUGCAGCAGAGGUAACUCUGGGUCUUCCAUUCCUGUGACGGUCCUCAUGAGAGCUAGUUUCAUCAUAGCACUUGAUGGUUUUUGCGACUGCAUAUUGACUGACCUUCAUGUCUUAAAGUAAUGAUGGACAUUUCUCUUUGCUUAAUAAUAUGGUCUUUUACCAAAUAGGGCUAUCUUCUGUAUACCACCCCUACCUUGUCACAACACAACUGAUUGGCUCAAACGCAUUAAGAAGGAAAGAAAUUCCACAAAUUAACUUUUAAGAAGGCACACCUGUUAAUUGAAAUGCAUUAGUUGAGAGAAUGCCAAGAGUGUGCAAAGCUGUCAUCAAGGCAAAGGGUGGCUAUUUGAAGAAUCUCAAAUAUAAAAUAUAUUUUGAUUUGUUUAACACUUUUUUGGUUACUACAUGAUUCCAUAUGUGUUAUUUCAUAGUUUUUAUGUCUUCACUAUUAUUCUACAAUUUAACAAAUAUUUUUAUUUAUUUUUAAACCUUGAAUGAGUAGGUGUGUCCAAACUUUUGACUGGUAGUGUACAUUCAGCCUCUUGCGAAUUGAAGAACAUUUUUGAAACACAGAGAGACGAAAGAUACAUUAUUUUAGAUGUUUUUUGGCAACCAUGAAUACACGCCACUGAGAGCCAUAUGCCUCUGGGUCGUUCCACCAAUUCGGUAUCUUUUGAGAAGUGUAACUUGGUCAAAAAAAUUCUGUCAUAAAGAGCACUUCUUCAAUUAAUAAAAACAAGUUAUCCCAUCUCAAGAAGUAAAAAAAAAAAAAGGCUAUAAUAAGUGCCUAUUAAGAAUCCAAAUAAAGUAAUAGGUUUGAAUGUAAUAGGGUUGACGAUUUCAUCUUAAAAUCAGCCAUAAAUCCCCAUGUAACACGGGGAAUGGAAAGCAAAUGAGCUGGUUCUCCUCUUUUCUGACAUUUUCUGUUGUUUUGUGGUGAAAAACUAAGCGGGUCGAGCAAAACACAUCAACCCUGUUAACCAUAGAUAGACAGGCUAGAAGUGUUACAGCAAAUUCCAUUUUUUUGUGAAGCUUGUAUUCAAUUGCCACUCCUUGUUGCACAAAACAAGCUUCACAAAAAAUGGAAUUUGCUGUAACACUUCUAGCCUGUCUAUCUAUGGGUAACAGGGUUGAUGUGUUCACCACAAAACAACAGAAAAUGUCAGAAAAGAGGAGAACCAGCUCAUUUGCUUUUACACUAUGAUUUGACUAUUAAAUGUUCAAUGUUUCUUUUGAAUAAAAUAUUUAAAAAGGAAUACUUUCACCAUAUUAAAACGAGAGUUUAGUUCACGUAACAGGGUUGACCUUAAAAUGAGGGACAGACAUAAAUGAAUCACAAAUCACAUGAAAUAAAUAAUACUCUUCAGAACUGACUUUGUCAAAGAAACAAAAUAACUAGGGCUUUACAAUGAUGGUGAAACUUGGAGACAUUUUUGUAUUAAGUGAGUGGAAAUGUUCCUAGGAGUGACACAGGGUUGAUGAAGGGACAUGUCAAAAUGCUGAAUUGUGGCACUUUAGCAAGCCUUUAAUCAUAUAUAAAAAAAAUCAGAUUAAUUGAAUUAAUAUAUCACAAUUUCUACUUAAAAUAUCAAAGGAACACCUUCUGAGUGGCGCAGCGGUCUAAGGCACUGCAUCGCAGUGCUUGAGGCAACACUACAGACCCGGGUUCGAUCCCAGGCUGUUUCACAGCCGGUCGUGACUGGGAGACCCAUGAGGCGGCGCACAAUUUGCCCAGCGUCAUCCGGAUUAGGGGAGGGGUUGGCCGGCCGGGAUUUCCUUGUCCCAUCGCUCUCUAGUGACUCCUUGUGUCAGGCUGGGUGCAAGCUGACUUCGGUCACCAGCUGGACGGUGUUUCCUCCGACACAUUGGUGCGGCUGGCUUCCGGGUUAAGCGAGCAGUGUGUCAAGUAGCAGUGCGGCUUGGCAGGGUUUUGUAUCGGAGGACGCAUGGCCCUCGACCUUCGCCUCUCCCGAGUCCGUAGGGGAGUUGCAGCGAUAGGACAAGACUGUAACUACCAAUUGGAUAUCACAAAAAUUGGGGAGAAAAAGGGGUAAAAGUACAAAAAAAUUAAUACAUUAUCAAAUGGACGCAAAAGGCACUAAUUUCGUGGAACGACCCAUCUAUGGUUGAAGAGUAAAUCCCCAACCCCCUUGCUGCUGGAGUGUCAGAUAAACAGGGAAAUUGCAAGACAGGUCAGGAUGAGUUGGCAGAGAAAGACAUGGCUUAGCAAGGGCAGUUAGCUGGGAGGGAGUGAUGAGGGAUUUGCUGAGGUAUUCAGGUAGGGAGAUAAUGUCGCUACUCACAGCAGUGCUCAGCUCCACCCACCUCUGGCCUCACAGUAGCCUCAUAUUCUACUUUCAUAGAUAUAGGACAUUUUAUUUCAUUUUAGGUCAUUAUCUCUCUGUGCAUUGGUACUGUAUAGUAAUCACUUUUACUGAGGUCAGUCAAGUAACUUUCCUUGGACACCAUACCAAUACACAGCAGCAUGACAUGGAAUACAUUCAUUAAGGUUUUCAACCCUGUGCUAGGUGUGUUUGGUAUGGAGUUAUUUUUAGAUGACUGAUUAUGUCCCUAAUGCAUGUUGAACAAUGUCUAAGCUACCUAAAUGAGUGUAUGUGGAGUUUAGAGUUUAGUUUCUGGAGGACAGUAGGAUAUGGCCAAUUUAUGACUUCUGGGGUUUGACCUCAAUAUUUCUGGCAGACUAAUCAAAUGGAUUAAGUGAUAGCAUAAUAAUUUAUAUGCAUGUCUCUUUGCAGAUGUAACCUGGCGCCAGUGGAGGAGUAUGCUGGGGAUGUGGGGCGGCGCACCAAUCUGGUGACCAUGAACCCGUCGGUGGUUCAGCGGGCCUUCCAUGACCUAGCCAGUGAGCAGUGGAGGGAGCGCUUCCUGCAGCGGCUCCGGGGCCUCAGCGGCAGCGUACUGUGGAUCCCAGCCUUCAUGGCCAAGGGAGGAGAGGAGAGGGUGGAGUGGGCCAUCCGUCUCAUCCUGCUGCACACGGUGGAUGUGCACACCGCCUUCCCCUCACUGCGCCUUCUCCAUGCUGUCAGAGGGUAAAACAAGGAGGGAACACAUGUGCCCUUUGUGACACUGCAGCAUGUAUUCUGUCUGUACACCUGUGAACUCCUCAAUCCAGGGCCUGGUAGCCACUAAUCUAGUAGCAGUUCACAGGUCCCCUGCUAUUUUUAAACACAGCAUUAGAGCUACUCAACAGGCCGUUGGUGACCAACUUACUGCUGUUUACUGCUGCUGGUCUCUCAGCCUGCUGUUGGAUUUGAAGGAGGAGGACAGUUAGCCAGGAUCAGCAGGGCUGGUAUUUUCUGUAGUAUAGUUAGGCAAAAAGCCUGGAAUCUUCUCUGAAAGGGCAAUACAUGUUUUGAAAUGCAGGGAAAACGCUAAUGAAAUGCAGUGCAUGUCUAUGACAUUUUAGCUAUAGUGGUUUUUGAUAAAUGCUCAGUAUGCCAAACUGAAUACUUUCCCCCGGGCUUCUGCUUCUCUGAGCACAAGAUGCCCUUUAAAUAGAUCAUCCUUUGGCUCCACCAUUGACCUCCUGCUAGUCCAGAGAGUCCACUGCUAGGAGAGUAUCUAUAAGUCCUGGUAGACCAGGCUGUGAGUGAGAGGACCAGAUGGGGCUUGCUUUGUUACUGCAGGCCCCAGACCCCUCUGUCUUAUCACAAUUCAGCUCCUCUACUCGAGCCCACUGGCCCCUAAGCAUGUAUCCACCCAGAAAUCUGAGUGAAAGCCACCACAUAGGGAGGGAAGGGUGCUUAUUGUAGGGGCUUAUUCAAGGGUGAGUGGACUGCCAUUGUAGAGCUAAGAAUGCAGAGUGUUCAGUGCUUUCUAAUGGAAAUUGGCUUCAAUGCACUCAUCCUCUUUAUCAGGGAUGAAGUCUACCAGAUAGUCUUUAGCACUAAUGUAUUAUUGCAAUGUGUUACCCAUCAUAGGACUGUGGCGUCUUUACAAGUGUAUGCUAGUUUCAUAGUUUCUAUAGAUAAUUUUUCAGAUAUUAAGGAACAUUUUGAACACUGACUGAUAAAGAAAUAGCUCUAGCCUAAAACAAACAUUCUUAAGACUUUUAUACAUUCUUCUUAAGACAUCUGAGAUUUCUUUCUCAGAUGUCAGGUCUCUUGGGUGCCAUGAAAGACCUUUUGAUUGUUUACUCUCCCUCUUCAUUCUUCCUCGUCAGGUAUUGGCUGACUAACAACGUCCAGAUCAAGAGACCCACCACUGGUCUGCUGAUGUACACCAUGGCCACCCGCUUCUGUGAGGAGAUCCACCUGUACGGCUUCUGGCCUUUCCCUCGGGAUUCACAGGGGAUACCAGUCAAGUACCAUUACUAUGACACUCUGACCUACGAGUACACAUCCCAUGCCAGUCCACAUACUAUGCCACUGGAGUUCAGGACACUG